AUGGCGGAGGAGACCAAGAACGCCUCGAUCAUCGUGCCCCGAUGCAUGCUCUGGUCGUACAUUCUCAACGGCUCCAUGGGCUUCGUAAUGCUAGUAACAUACUGCUUCUGCCUGACAGACGUCCAAGCAGCGCUCGACCCCGAAAUCAACCGCAGCGGCUUCCCAUACAUCUACGUCUUCCAGACCGGCACGGGCAGCAUCGGCGGUGCGAUCGGUCUGACUAGCAUCAUCCUCAUCCUCGGGAUCGCGGGCGCUACCUCCUUCUUCGCCACGACGUCACGGCAGACGUUCGCAUUUGCUAGAGAUAAUGGACUUCCGGGAUCUAAGUGGAUUGGAAAGGUGCAUCCGCGCCUCCUCGUCCCUUUGAACGCUAUCCUGGUGACGUUUGGCUUUACUAUUCUGCUGUCUUUGAUCAACCUGGGGUCUACUUAUGCCUUCAACGCAAUCAUCUCCCUCCAACUCCUCGCCCUCAUGUCCACCUACGCCAUCUCCAUCGGCUGCCUAGCCCUCAAACGCCUCCGCAACGAACCACUCCCACCCUCGCGCUGGUCUCUCGGCAAAUUCGGUCUUCCCGUUAAUCUGUUCGCUUUCGCCUACUCUUGCUUCGCUGUCAUCUAUGUCUGUUUCCCAGUCACGACGCCAGUGGUGGUAAGCGAGAACAUGAAUUGGGCUAUUGUCAUGUUCGCGGGCGUGUUGGUUAUUGCGUUGGUGUAUUACUUUGUACACGGGCGGAAGGUGUAUGAGGGGCCGGUUGUGUUUGUGAAGCCAGCGGAGGAGUAG